AUGGGAAAAUAUAAUGGUUAUUCACGACCAUACAAUUAUCAACCGGCUCCAACUACAGCAUCAUCUUUAUCUGUUACUAUUAAUCAAAAUAAUGCACCAACAAAUGAAUCCCCUCCAUAUAUAUCAUCUCCCAUAGCACAUCCAACAGGAGGACCAAAAAAAAUUCCUAGACCUAAUGUUCCACCACCAAUAGCUCCUAGUGCACCACCUGAUUAUGAUAAUGAUGGUUAUCAAUUUAAUUCAAAUCCAAUGUGGUUAGAUAGAUUUGUUAGAAGAGAAAAUAGAGGAAUGUUUAGAUUAUGCUUAUUUGAAGCAAUGUUAGCAUUAGUCAUAUUUGGGGGAGGAAUUUGGUGUGCCAGAGAUACCCCAGAUUAUUGUCCAUACUACUCACCAAUUUGGACUAGUAUAUUUUAUAUAAUAAAUGCAAUUGUUGGAAGUAUAGCAGCAAAACGAGGAUCACUUAAGUUAUAUAUGAGUCACUUAACAUUAUCAAUGAUAGCACUAGCAAUGUGUAUUGUUUCAGGAAUUAUUUCAGCAAAAAACUGGGUAGCAGUUGGUACAUAUACACAUCCUAAAAUAUCAAGAAACCAUGCAUUUUGUCUAAUUGGGCAACAUGAUGCAAGUAGAAUUAGUUAUAUCUUUAGUCAUAUGGAUAAAUAUGAUUUUUCCGGUUGUUUAUUUUCACUUAAAGUUGGUAUAGCUGUUAACAGUACGCAAUUUGUCGUUGCUGCAAUUGAAGCCUUUUUAAACAUGCUUUCAGUUAUGCUAUGUAUGAAACGAACGUGUUCAUCACCAAAAUAUUGA